AUGAAGUUUCCAACGAUCGCCGCUUCCCUCGCCCUUCUGGCCGCUCUGGCCUCGGCGCAGACGAUUGAGACCACGACUGACGCCCUACGAAAUAUUUAUUACAGAUGCAUCGACAACGAGAACAUGUUGUCCUGCGUGAAACCAAAAGUCCUGUCUUACCUCAGCAACGCUGUGAAGCAAGACAGACUGGCCAUCACCGACGACUUGGCGAUAGUGAAGUCGAGAGACUUUCCGGAAGAAAGCAACGAAGAGUACUAUCCCUCGCAGUACGACUCCGUUGAUCCUACUAGGAAGGAACUUCUGAGGUCUCUGAUGUUGGAGAAACUUGACGCGUACCUGUCGAACCAUCAACUGGAGGCUAAGCUACCGGAAGCUAUCGCAGGAUCUAACAUUGUGCCGAGAUCCUUGGUAGAUAGUAUGCCUGGCAGCCUGACUGUUCCUCUGUCUGACUCUUCUAAUGGCCAAGGUCGUGGAUUCGUCAAGAAGGUCAUGAUUCCCUUCCUCCUCGGUCUCAAGUUCAAGGCUACCGCUCUGGUACCUCUCGCGCUUGCUCUGAUCGCGCUCAAGACGUGGAAAGCUCUGACCCUGGGUCUCCUCUCGAUGGUACUCAGCGGAGCAAUGAUGAUCUUCAAGCUGACGAAGCCGAAAGUCGCCUACGAAGUCGUCCAUUACGGUCACCCGCCUGUGGAGCAUCCUCCACACUGGGAGACAGCAGCUCAUGGUCCCUACAGGGCUUACAGGAAGUAG